GUAAGGGGUUGGAGAAAAGCCUCCUCCUUCUGCAUGGUUUGUUCACUUCAUUAAAUUAUCAGCCCUCAAGCUGAUAGUGUAUGUGCUAAGGGCUCAUUCUGCAUUGGUGUGAUGAGGCAAUAGGACAUAGGCAUGAAAAUGGUUCCUGAGCAUGUUGGGAAUCCUACUGUUSCCUUCUUCUGGGGAUAGCAGGGUUAUAUGGAGCAAAUGCCUCUCUGCCAGUGCUGUUCAUCCCACYAGCAGCAAGCAGUGAUGGUGAGGUACAGCUCUGACUUUGCUGGUUGAGACGCUUCAGUGCCAGUUGUGCACUGUGCUUGGAAGAUUUUGGGAGAGCAGCAUUGGGCUCGAUGCAUGGGAGUGAGAUGGAGGAGAUGAUCCUUGGUGUGGUAUGUACAAAGUCCAGGCUUGCUGUAUCCCCCGUGUGUUUCAGUUGGGUUGGGGUCUGCUGCCCUGCUCGUGCCCCGCUGUCACACUGAAGGGCUUGUGUACAACCAGUGCCUGCUGGUGCAGCUGCGCGUCCUUAUCUGGUGUCCUUCUGUUCCACUCCUUUCUCUGAACACUUACCUCUUACAUUUCCUGCUCUUUCUGGGACUGUGCCUGGAGCCCUGCGUUGUUCUACCCUUAUUUCCUGAGGGGAUUUCACAAGCAGCUAGAUUGCUCUGUGUCUUUUGCACUUCCCACCCUGAUCAGCUGGAUUAAGGCAAUCUUGUGCUGCUGUUGCCAGUGAGGGGAUUCUCAAGUGCCUCGUUGCUGUGCUGGUAGCAGACUGAUGGCUUUGGGCUGUGCCUCCUGUUGCCGCUGGAGGACUGGGAACUGGCACCUGUAUCCUGGCUGUAAGGGAAGGCAUCACAAAAGAGGAGGAAAUGCAGUAACUCAGUCUAGGGAAUGCUGGAAAUCAUGUGAGGACAUGAGAAGCAACAGCAGACAGUGUCUCAUGUCCAGUUUUAGGAAGUACUUAAGAACACAAGGUUCCUGUCCUCAACUUUGCCCUUACUUAUGUGGCAGGAAUGUUUUUGAUUUUAUAGCUAGGAAAAGCACGGUGAAAGCUGCUURACACUUGUGUGGGUGAAGCUCAGGUCAGCAGUGAGCAGCUGUGUCCUYAGCAUGUGCAGCUCAGUCGAGUGGUGUGUUCAGACUGUCCCUCCUGGGGCAGGCAGGGCUGCUCUUGGAGGUGACAGUGGAGGACACGCUUCUUUCCUGGCAUUUCUAACUCAUUGCAUGUAUUCAGCAGCUGGUCAAAGGAGGUGAUUGUUCCACUCUGCUUUGCCCUGGUGCAGUCUCACCUUGAGUGCUGGGGCAGUUUUGGUCACUCCAAUAUUAAAAACACAUUAAACUUAGAGAGGUUCCAGAGGAGGGUCACAAGGAUGGAAAAGGGUCUGGAGGGGCCCUAUAAGCAGAGGCGGAGGGCACUUUGCCUGGAGGAAGCUGAGGGGAAGCCUCACUGCAGUCUUCAACAUCUUGCCGAGGGGCAGCUCCCAUCUCUGCUCUCUGUGACCAGGGACACGAAACAGCUGGUGCUGAGUUGGGGAAGGUUCAGGAAAAGGGAUUGGUCCCCAGAGGGUGAUUGAGUGCAGGAACAGAUUCCCUGGGAAAGUGGUCACAGCACUUAGCCUGGCUGAGUUCAAGAAGCCUUUAGACAAUGCUCUCAGGCACGUGGUGGCAUUCUUGGAGUGUCUGUACAAGGCCAGAAGUUGGACUCAAUAUUGAUGGGUCCUUUCCAAUUUGACGUAUUCUAUGGUUCUAUGCCAGCUUGCAAACCCACACACCCCGACCUGCAACCCAAACUGUUGGGUUUGAACUGAUGUUCUGUGUCCUCUUUCCUUGCCAUAGAGUUGACUUCUACCUUUUUCCUCCUCCCUGAAAACUCCUGCACUCUCAAACUCUUCUCUCUGUUACUGUAGGUCUUCUUGAGCAGAAAAGAUGAAAAUUGGUGAUUGGAAAGUCACUAUCCCGAGCUUUAUUCUGACAUCUGGAGUCCCGGUGGAUGCUGUUGGGCAUAUGAGUCUGCAAGAGUGUCCCCGUCCAUGAUUUAGGCAGCGGCUGGACAUGCAUCACUAGCGGGAUGGUCGGCCACCGAAACUGCAAUGUCGUCCCUGACGACCUCCAGUGAGGGAGACAACUCCACUCCCAGGUUUGUUGUUGGUUCCAGAGAUGAUGAGACAGAAUUUCUGGGAUCAAACAUGAAGACAGACGAAACUGAUUUCUUUGAAGAUGAUGAAGAGGAGGAGUCGCCACCGGAACGGCAGAUUGUGGUGGGAAUUUGUGCAAUGACCAAAAAGUCAAAGUCAAAGCCCAUGACACAGAUUCUGGAACGUCUGUGCAAGUUUGAGUACAUCACAGUGGUGAUCAUGGGGGAAGAUGUUAUUCUGAACGAACCGGUGGAGAACUGGCCCUCUUGUGACUGCCUGAUCUCCUUCCACUCCAAAGGAUUCCCUCUGGAUAAGGCGGUUGCUUACGCCAAGCUGUGCAAACCAUUUCUGAUCAACGACCUUGACAUGCAGUAUUACAUCCAGGACAGGCGUGAGGUAUAUCGGAUCCUUCAAGAAGAAGGAAUAGACCUGCCCCGCUAUGCUGUGCUCAAUCGAGAUCCUGACAGACCAGAAGAAUGCAACUUGGUGGAAGGAGAGGACCAUGUGGAGGUAAAUGGAGCUGUUUUCCCAAAGCCGUUUGUAGAGAAGCCAGUCAGUGCUGAAGACCACAAUGUGUACAUUUACUACCCAACGGCAGCAGGUGGGGGCAGCCAGCGGCUCUUCCGCAAGAUUGGCAGUCGGAGCAGUGUGUACUCCCCAGAGAGCAGUGUGAGGAAGACAGGCUCCUACAUUUAUGAGGAGUUCAUGCCUACAGAUGGCACCGAUGUAAAGGUGUACACUGUGGGGCCGGACUAUGCCCAUGCAGAGGCUCGCAAAUCCCCUGCUUUGGAUGGGAAAGUGGAGCGCGACAGYGAAGGGAAGGAAAUUCGUUACCCAGUCAUGCUGACUGCCAUGGAGAAACUUGUUGCCCGUAAAGUCUGCGUAGCCUUUAAGCAAACCGUGUGUGGGUUUGACCUCCUGCGGGCCAACGGCCACUCUUUCGUUUGUGAUGUGAACGGCUUCAGCUUUGUCAAGAACUCCAUGAAGUAUUAUGAUGACUGUGCCAAAAUUCUUGGAAAUAUAAUCAUGMGAGAAUUGGGUCCCCAAUUUCAUAUCCCAUGGUCCAUCCCAACAGAGGCAGAAGACAUCCCAAUUGUCCCCACAACUUCAGGCACCAUGAUGGAGCUUCGCUGUGUCAUUGCAGUUAUCCGUCAUGGAGAUCGCACCCCGAAGCAGAAGAUGAAGAUGGAAGUGAAGCAUCCCCGGUUCUUUGAAUUAUUUGAGAAAUAUGAUGGUUACAAGACAGGGAAGUUGAAGCUGAAGAAACCAGAGCAGCUACAGGAAGUGCUGGACAUUGCACGGCAGCUCGUGGUGGAGCUGGGAGCCCACAGUGACUGCGAAAUCGAGGAGAGGAAAUCCAAACUGGAGCAGCUGAAGAGUGUCCUGGAGAUGUAUGGACAUUUUUCUGGCAUUAACCGUAAGGUUCAGUUGACCUAUCUGCCUCAUGGACAUCCAAAAGCUGCAAGUGAAGAUGAAGAAGCUCGCCGAGAGUCCUCCCCGUCCCUUCUCCUGGUGCUGAAGUGGGGUGGAGAGCUGACCCCAGCAGGAAGAGUGCAGGCAGAGGAGCUGGGGCGAGCCUUUCGCUGCAUGUAUCCCGGGGGCCAAGGUGAUUAUGCUGGUUUCCCUGGCUGUGGCUUGCUCAGGUUGCACAGCACUUAUCGCCAUGAUCUCAAGAUCUACGCCUCGGAUGAGGGCAGAGUUCAGAUGACAGCAGCAGCUUUUGCAAAGGGUCUGCUGGCGCUGGAAGGAGAGCUGACCCCCAUCCUGGUGCAGAUGGUGAAAAGUGCCAACAUGAAUGGUCUCCUGGACAGUGACAGUGAUUCACUUAGCAGCUGUCAGCACAGAGUGAAGGCUCGACUGCAUGAAAUCAUGCAGAAGGAUGCUGAGUUCUGUGAGGAGGAUUAUGAAAAGCUAGCACCUACAGGCAGUGCUUCUCUGCUCAACUCCAUGAACUUCAUCCAGAACCCAGUUGAGGUCUGCAACCAGGUAUUCACCCUGAUUGAAAAUCUCACCUCCCAGAUACGAAAACGUCUGGAAGACCCAAAAUCUGCAGACCUGCAGCUUUAYCACAGUGAGACUUUGGAACUAAUGCUGCAACGCUGGAGUAAGCUGGAGCGAGAUUUCCGCAUGAAGAAUGGGCGCUAUGACAUCAGCAAGAUCCCUGAUAUCUAUGACUGCAUCAAGUAUGAUGUACAGCACAACUGUGCACUGAAACUCGAAGGCACAACUGAACUCUUCAAACUCUCCAAAGCCCUGGCAGAUGUGAUCAUACCCCAGGAAUAUGGGAUUAAUAAGGAAGAGAAAUUGGAGAUUGCUAUUGGCUUUUGUCUUCCUCUCAUUAAAAAGAUCCAGUUGGACCUACAAAGAACUCAUGAAGAUGAGUCUGUCAACAAACUACAUCCCUUGUACUCCAGAGGAGUUCUGUCACCAGGUCGCCACGUUCGAACUCGRCUGUACUUCACCAGUGAGAGCCAUGUGCACUCCCUGCUCAGUAUCUUCCGCUAUGGGGGGCUACUGGAUGAAAACAAAGACCAGCAGUGGAAGAGAGCCAUGGACUAUUUGAGUGCUAUCUCAGAGCUGAACUACAUGACCCAGAUUGUUAUCAUGCUCUACGAGGACAACAACAAGGACCCUUCUUCAGAGGAGCGUUUCCAUGUGGAGCUGCAUUUCAGCCCUGGCGUCAAAGGCUGCGAGGAGGACAGGAACGUCCCCACGGGGUUUGGCUUUCGGCCGGCCUCAGCAGAGAACGAGGACAAGAAGGCAGACCAAGGCAGCCUGGAGGACCUGUCAAAGGAGAAAGGCAGCGAGGAGGCAGACGGUUCUCAGCAGAAGUGCCCGCAGCCCUCGGAGCCGGUCAGCAUCCAGCGAAGGUCGCCCCUCAUCAGGAACCGCAAGACGGGAUCCAUGGAGGUGCUGUCUGAAUCUUCUUCCAAAUCAGGAGGUUAUCGCCUCUUCAGCACUUAUUCCAGGCAGUCUUCUGAGAUGAAACAAAGUGGCUUAGGGUCACAGUGCACCGGGCURUUUAGCACCACUGUGCUGGGAGGCUCCUCCAGUGCCCCCAACCUCCAGGACUACGCACGCAGCCAUGGCAAAAAGUUUGCCAGCAGCCUGACAUACAAAGACGAGCUCUUGUCUAUGCCAGCCGUAAAACGAUUUUCUGUGUCGUUUGCAAAGCAUCCGACUAAUGGUUUUGAAGGCUGUUCCAUGGUUCCCACCAUUUAUCCCCUGGAGACCCUGCACAACUCCCUCUCCUUGCGGCAGGUCAACGAGUUCCUGACGGGCGUGUGCAGGAGUUGCAGUGAAUCGCAUGCACAGUCCACCGCAGCCUUGUUUGAUUCAAUGAUUGGCAGCCAGAUAACAGGAGACCCCUUUAUGUCCCAGCGAAUCCUGUCAUCAUCCUCCUUGCCGUUGCGCCAGCGUUCGGAUAAGCCCCCUUGGUACAGCAGUGGUCCCUCCAGCACUGUCUCCAGUGCAGGCCCUUCCUCUCCAACUUCUGUGGACAACUGUGCUCGUUUCAGCUUCACUGAGAAGCUUCCCAUCAGCCCCCCAAAAAGUGAGGAGCAACUGACAAUCAGGUCCCCUGAGCAGGAGGAGAGGCAGCUUCCCAGCAGAGGGCUUAGCCUGGAGCAGGGUAUGUCUGCGCUGCUGGUAACAGAGCCAAGUGCCCCAGAGACCCUGAUCUGGAGUAAGGGCCCAGAGCCUGGCAGGAUCCUGGAGCUGUGCAAGAAGGAGCUGGAAGAGGACACUAACCCAGAAGAGAAGAGCAUGGGGGAGCUGGAUGAAGAAAAAUCAUCUGGGGAAAUGUUAGAGCCAAGCAACACAGGAAACCCGAAGUGUGGUAAAGGGUUUGACCUGAGGCUGGCUGAGGAGAGAGCAAAGCCAGAUGAGGAAUCUGUCAGGGGAAUGACUGGCCUGGAUCAGUCUGGGCUGUCCAAGGAGAUGCUGGUGCCCCGUGAAGUGGAGCUGCUGGGAGAGGUGUUGGAGCCAGAGCAUACAGGCAAGGAGUUUCUAGAGGACAGUGCUCUGUCAGACCACCUGUGCCAGGUGCAGCCACUGCCUCCUGACAAAAACGUGGAGGAACUGCAGCUGCUGUCUCAGAAGGAAGAGCAGAAUUAGUGGCUCACUGGACAGCACACUGCAAGCACUUCUAGCAUGAAAGCAGCCCAGCUGCCUGUGUGGCACCUCACACAGCUGCCGUCCGUAGCAAAGAAGAAGCCAGGUCCCAGGGCCACAGGAGUCUGUGGUGUGGAAGAGUCUGCUUUGCUCCUCCACAAGCCAGCUCUUCGCCAUUCAGCAGGAAUGUUUGCCUCAUUAAAUGAAAGACAGUGCAGUCUUGGUACUGGUGUGGCACCUCCAUGGGGCAGGGACAUGGUGCUGCACUGGUGUCCCAAGGGCUUUGUGCUCACUGGGACGACAGCAUUAGAGGUCUGCUACAGCCAAGGCUUUUAUCAUGGUACGUCCAAAGGGGGCAGAUGUUCCCUUGAGACUGUUUGGUUCGCAGCCUUCAGAAAAGGGCAUUCUGGGCCCAAAUUAAUCGGAUCUGUCACAACCACCAACCUCCUGUUCCUUCCUUCUUCCUCUCUCAGUUCCCACUGCUGGCCACCAAUAUCAGGUCCAGAGAAUCCACGACAGGAAGACUAGCAGAAACAGAAAGUAUUCUCAAUGAACAUGGAAAAGAAGGGUAAAUGAGGGCAUCAGGUUUGAGUGCCGCUUGCACGGAAACAUCUCUUUGGCAUGGCCUUGGAUGUUUCCCUACUGGGCUGGGGAUCCAGCCUGAGACAGGUGUGUAGGGAGGGCACACACGGUUUGUUUGUUUUUUUUCUCAUCCCCAAGGGUACAGCUCUGAAGUUUUGGUGGCAGGGAUUAAAAGAAACUGGUAUUUUAACAAUUCAGGACUAUUAGAAACCAAUAAGGAUAAAUCUUUAUUAUAAAAUGAAAAGUAUUUAAUGCAUAUUUAUGUAAAUGCCUUGUGAGCACAAGCCUGAGGGCAAGGUUGAUACGGGUGUCCUGUCCCUGCCGCAUCCUUAGUGCCGGCCAGGGCUGCGCUUCCCACUCCUGUAUUUAUGGACAAGUCUGCGUGUCCAUCUGUAGCUAGGAUCUGUGUUUUUGUGAAGCUGUGCCCAAAGAUCUCUACGCUGUGUUGUGAUGAUGUGUGUUCACAGUAAAUCUACGCUGUGGGUCCAGUGUGUCUGUGUCUGAUGCUGCCUUGGAAGCAMUGUGUGUGUGCCAGAGCUUGCAGGUGCCUGGAACAGCAGGCCCUGCUCACGCUCUGUUUUCCUGGAAGAGCGGCUGUGGCUGCAGUUACACCUGGAAUAAGUGCACAGGCUUAAGGCCAUGUACCUCUUUUUCCUGUGUGGAAGAACUGGUCAUACUGGGGAAGAGAUCCUGGCUUCCCAGGUCCCACGGUGGUUUGUGGUGGAAUGAAGACACUGGGAUGGCGUGUUCAGCUCCUUUCACUUGGUCGCCAGCUGCCCGUCACUUCGAGCACAUCCUUGGUGUCGUGUCCUCUUCCUCACGCCCAACAAUCCCGAGCUGCCAGUUUGGGCAUCUGAGAAAGGUGACGUUUACUUGCACUGGGAAUGGAGCAGUCACGCAGCUGCCCAGAGUGCAGCACGGSGUGAGGGGCACUCCAAGCCCGCUGCCAUCAGUCAGGCUGUGCCUGCCCUGCCCUCUGCUCUSCCCACCCUCCACAUCUCCACAGACACCUUGCUCRAGGGGCUGCAGCCAGCCCUGGCCCCAGCACUGCCUGAGGGACCGUGGGCAACUGAGAAGCACGAGUGUCCUGUGCUGUCCCCUGCCCUGCCAUGGUGCUGCAGGACAGACGGGCUGUGGCCAUUAGCAGGAGCUGCUUUCCCCUCCACAGCCCUCAGGCAGCUGUAGAGAGGCCC